AUGCCACGCUCAGACCCUUCCAGCUGCUUCUCUGGAUUCAAAUCAGGGUUAGAGAUUGUAAAACCCCCAAGAAAAGAACGAACCCAGCAGCUGGCGUGCGACAGAUGUCGAGGCCAGAAAUUGCGGUGCAUUCGAACGCCGAACCCCAAUGCUCCGUGCGAGAGGUGCCAGAAAGCUGGUGCAACAUGCAUCAUCGACUCAUCUGUGCGCAUGGGCAGGCCUAGGAGAACAGACAAUGAACAGCGAGAAACCACGGGCAGCUCGCACAACCCUCCCCAGCCAACACGCUCACCAGCUUUGCCCGCCACUUCAUCUCAAGCGCCCUCCUCUGCGGGCUUCACCCCGAACGCGGACGCUUGGUCGGGGCAUGACUUCGAUGAGACAGUUGAUCCACUCCUGCGGGGCAUCACGGUGCAAUAUAUGGAGUCGUUUGAUUUCUCUCUCUCAGGGGAUCCCACACUUGGAGAACAAAACACGUUGGAUAUAUCGCCGGAAAAUUAUCUCAAUCCAACUAUGGAUCUAUCAUUGGACCAAACUAUUCUGGGUCUCCCCAAGGACGAAGGUGCUGUGACCGAUUCUGCCGCAACAACAGUCAACGAUCACGGCCUCUUUCGGCCGAUCUGCCAAGAAACAAUAAAGGAGUUGUCGGACCUGAACGUGCAACUUUACCGACAGUUGGGCGUUGUGAGGCCCAUGGCAAGCAAGUACACGAACAUUCACCCGGGCUUGAGUUCGACGGCUUUGGCUACAGCAGCAGAUGAGAACCAUACUAUCUCCGACGCGGUGAUCUUCAUGAUGCACGGCCUACAGACAUAUCACAGGUUGCUCGUCGAGAUUCUUGGUUCGCGAACGGGGCCGACUCACUCCGCCACGUAUGAGUCCCACGACAACUCCAAGUCUAGCACCGUGGCUACCAGCCUACUACUAAGUCCAGCCGAAGGGAUAGAAAGCGAGGGCCCGAAGGGCCGUCGAACGUCAGAAACGGCAGGUGGGCCGCCGCGGAAACGGGUCCGAUCAGAGAGCAGCAGUGCUAAGCUCGCCAUGCUACACGGCACGGACUCGCCCCACAGUGCUAUUCUUGACAUGCCCUCGAGUCUUCUUCUGCUUUCCUGUCACACCAAUCUCAUGCACCUCUCUCGAGACGCCUUUGCCGCGAUCCGGACGGCACUGCUCGCCACACACCACCGGAUUACACUCUUCACAAUCUCAAUCUUCCAUAUCGAUGAAGUGUCGCUACCACCAGACCCCGAUCUGCAGAUCAUUGUUCUCACUCAGGCUGUGCUCCGGCUGAUAGAUAAAAUCGGACGUUUGCUCGGCUAUCCCAACGACUGCGAGGGCGAUUCUGGUGGCGAGAGAUGCGAGACCAAGGCUCGCGGCAGAGCGAUCCCCCCUCAGCUCGUUGAUCUCGUACUGGGACGGGAAGCAGACGGCGAGGGUCUGGCAGAUAGAGUAGGAAUUGAAGCACUGAGGGAAGAGAUCCGCAGUCUUCAUGAGAUUGUGUACCAGGAAGCCUGA